UUCAUUCUUGGCGCGUGUUUAUCUUUAUUUUGAUUGAUUUGUUUUAGUUAAGCGGAAUAUGCAAAAAUUGAGAUUAAUUUAAAAACAAUGCGUCCCGAACAUAAAUAUACAUCGGAUAGUGACCUAGAGAGUGUUUUUUCCAAUGCGGAACCAUCAGCAUCGUCUGCAGAAGCCUCUGAGAAAUAUGUCUGCAGUUUUGGAUGUGGCCAAAAGUUUAAGCGAAUGAUUCAAUUGGACCGUCACGAAUAUAAACAUUCUGGAGUUAGAAAACAUGCAUGUUUCUAUGAGGGAUGUUCCAAGACCUACACCAAUACUCAACAUCUCAAGCGACACAUUAAGACUUUCCAUGAAAAAUCUCCACAAAUGAAAAAUAUUAAGUGCAGCUUUGAUUUCUGCGAUAAAAUGUUUGUUUCUAAUGAAAAUAUGGAAAAACACAUUCGAGAAGUUCAUGAAAAUGCCAAAGUCUAUCGAUGUCUUCAUUGUGAUGAGAAAUUCACUCAGAGAAUCAAGCUGAGGCGACAUGAAGUCAAACACACAGGAGUCUAUCCUUUUAAUUGCUCGAAAUGUUCUAAAGGAUUUGUCCAGGAAUACUUUUUAACACGCCAUGUGUGCACCAAAAUCCACAAAUGCGAUCGGUGUGAAGCCACCUUUGAAAAGUGGUCCGCAUUGUUGGCACAUCGCAAGGAGUUCAACCACCCAAUGCUCUAUAAGUGUGAACAAUGUUUAAAGGAAUUUAAGAGCAAAUUUUUCUUAGAAGAACACAAGAACAGCCAUGCAGAUGACAAAGAAGUAUUUAAAUGUACGUACGAAGACUGUACACGUUUUUAUACCUACAAAAGGAAUCUAUUACAACAUAUUCGAACAGCUCACGAAGGAAAAAAGAUUCCAUGUACUUUUGAAGACUGCGCAGCAAUAUUCUCGGAUAAGAGAGCUCUCGAUAACCACAUAAAAGUAAUACAUCAAAAAAUACAAAUAAGAAACUCUAAGACGACGAAGAAGCCACGCUCAAAGCGCAAAGACGCUGGCAAACGGAAGCAAUCAACACUAUCGAAGCUGUCAGGAGUGUUUAUUGAAAAGGAGAUAGACAAGCAAAUUAUGGAUGGAACGGCAACAAUUGACGUCGAUUUGCAAGCAUUGCAAGAAGAAAUACUGACGGGGAUAGAAAAUAUUGCCAGCGACAAUGUCGAGUGAAGUGAUGCCAUGACUAUGAAGUAGAUUAUUAAUAAAAAUAAAAUAUAAAUACAAAUCUCAACAAAAUACAAGGUGUUACUUCUUUUUUUUAUGUGUCAAUCCAUUCCAUAGCGUUACAUCUGUUUGUAAUAAGGAUACUUACCGCUUAACGAAAGGAUGAAUGAGAAGCUACCAAAAACUAGGAAAAGUUCCGUAUUGAUUUCAGACAAGAACGACUUAAAUAAUGUCAAAUAUCGACUUUGGAUCUGCCUAAAAUCUGAACUCAAAACAUAAAAAUAAGAUACAAACGCAAUCAAUAGGACUCCAUCUUCAUUUCAGAAAAAAAAGUCGUGUAUAAUUUGGUUUUGUGGUAGUUCAGAAAAUGAAAACGAACACGAAUUAUAUUUAUUUCUGAAAAAUUUGUGAAGUUAAAAAUAUUACAAUAAAAAAUAACAAAAUAAUA